AUGUUUUCUGGAUAUCCGUUGUAUCGAAAUUCGCCAAUAAUUUGGCCAUCAAUAUUGCCACCUUUAAGCGCUUUAGCAUCGCGAGAAAUGCGCGUUUUCGAAGAAGUCAGUUCUAAUCAUAAUUUGGAUGGAAAGGAUGUAUUUGAUUUGAGCAAAAAUUAUCCAUCGACGAUAGAAGACAAUAUGUCAAAAAGAAAGCAACGAAGAAAUCGAACAACGUUCAGUAUGCACCAAUUGGACCAGUUGGAAGAUGCAUUUCAAAAAUGUCACUAUCCCGAUGUGUUCGCUCGUGAAGAAUUGGCUAUUCGAAUUCAAUUGCCUGAAGCAAGAGUGCAGGUUUGGUUCCAGAAUCGUCGAGCUAAAUGGCGAAAAUCUGAACGAAAUGAUAGGCAAAGCGAUCAGUGGAUUCAGCCUAUAAUUACUGGCCCCUCACUAAAUGGCGAUAAUAAUUCCAAUUGCUUAAUUGUUCCAACAGUCAGCCAGUUUCGAUCUAUCGAAGCGCUAACGAAUCCGUAA